AUGGGUUGGCUAUGGUCUUCAACACCUCCCAGCGACGGAAAGUCAGCUGCUCUUGUCAAAGAGACUCCUCCUAUCGCAUCAACAUCAACAACCACAGCCACAACUUCAGAUCCUUCAACAUCAGCCCCAUCCAAUUCAAAUAUCGAUCCCGAAAUCCAAAAGUUCAUCGACCUAUUUGAAGCUGAGAAGAACGUAAAACCCUCUGCAACAGAAGACCAACAAGAACAAAACUCUUCCUCUUCCAAAUUACCAUCGUGGCUCUCUCUCAAGAAAUCGACACGCUCAUCCACCCCUAAGCCCGCCGAUAUUCCUCCCCGCGACGCCCUCUCCGAAGCCCUGCUCCCUACUGACAUGUCCUGUCGUCAGGCCUUCGACCAAGCAUGGGCAUGCAAUUCGAUGGGUGGACAGUUCAAUGCCGUGUAUCGCUACGGUGAGAUGCGGUCAUGCAGUGAGCAUUGGGAUGACUUCUGGUUCUGCAUGCGCACCAAGAGUUACUCUCCUGAGAUGCGGGAGAAGGCUAUCAGGGAUUAUUAUCGUGCGAAAGAGUUCAAAAAGUAUGGCCCUGGCAAACCGAGUAGUGAAGAUGUCUGGGAGAGUAGAGAGGACAAGGUUCCAGAAGGGGCAGUAUUUAAUGAGCCUGUUGAGCCACGAAAUUGA